AAAAUCUUAUCUGAUAAGAAAUGACAUAAGAUGUCAUUUGAAUGUUGCUCAAAAAUAUUAUUGAAUCAAAUAAAACAUUAGAAAGUAACAAAAUCUAAAUAAAUUAUUAAUAAUGGUAUCUGGAAUUGUAUCUGGCAGAUUAGCCUUAGUAACAGGUGCAGGGUCCGGUAUAGGCAGAGCAGCCUGUCAAGUUCUAUCUCGUGAAGGAGCCACUGUUAUAGCAGCCGAUAAGGACUAUGAAGCCGCAGUGGAAACUAUAAAGAAACACAUUGCCUUAGCUUCAGGAUCAAAUUCAGUAGGUGAUCAUAGUGCCAUAGAAUUGGAUGUGUCAAGUUCAAAAUCUGUAUCUGAACUUCUUAGCAAAUUACAGCGACAAUAUAAAGCUCCUCCAACUAUUAUAAUUAACUCAGCGGGUAUUACAAAAGAUAAUUGGAUGCUGAAACUAUCUGAAGAGGACUUUGAUAGUGUACAAGAUGUUAAUUUAAAGGGCACAUUUCUAAUCAUGCAAACAUUUGCUAAAGCACUGACAGAGGCUUCUCUCCCGGGAUCUAUUGUAAAUAUUUCUAGUAUUGUUGCUAAAUAUGGAAACGUAGGACAAACUAACUAUACAGCUAGCAAAGCGGGUGUAAUUGGAAUGACUAAAUCUGCUGCUAAAGAGCUAGGAAAAUUUAAUAUAAGAGUAAAUGCAAUUUUACCGGGUUUCAUAGACACACCAAUGGUUGGUACAAUUCCUGACAAAGUUAAGGAGAAUUUUCUCAAAAUGAUACCAUUAGGAAGAUUAGGAGAUCCUAUUGAAAUAGCAGAAGUAAUAACAUUCCUUUCCUCCGAUAAGAGUUCGUUUGUCACAGGCGCAACUAUCGAUGUUACAGGAGGAUUUUAAUCUACAUUUUUGAUUUUUUAAGUUUUUUUUAUUUUUUAUGUAGAGAAAUGUUGUGUGGUUGGGUUUAAUUUUUCUUUUAUAUUUUUGUAUACAUUGGGUAAACUUGGUGCUUAAUUAUUAUAAACUAGUCCUAAGAGUACAGUGGAACGUUUACAAUGAAUCCUGUGAUAUAUAAAAAAAUAAGAACAUAAAAAUGUCUUCAUUUUAGAUCUAUGUCAAUACAAUAAUAAAAUUGUUAGAUAUAUAUCUGUUUGAAACUUCAAAACUUUUGCAAAAAUAU